AUGGAUCCCAAGGUCGAAGAGGCAGUACUAACUUGUCGUGAGAGACUCUACGGAACAUGCGUCAAAGACCUGUCUCGUAAUGGUCGCAAACAAGUGUACUCUGACAACAUGAGUUUUGAAGACCUCGAUGUUUGGCGGAGAGAGAGUAUGCCAGAGAUCCUUAGGGCACGUCACGCUGAAAAGCAGACAAUGUGGCUCGAAAAGGCUGAACUAGCGAAGCUCAUGGAGUGGAAACUAUCCAGGGGAAAAUUCCGGCCCACCCUAUCAAAGCUGAUUCAAAGCAAUGAUCCUGACAAAGUUCGAGAAUAUAGCGAGCAGGCAUUCAAGGUGAUGAUUGAUUACUGCGACUCGAGCAACGAUGACGACAAUGAAUUCACUACUACAGUAAGAAAGUCAAUAGACCUAGUCUGCCAACUAAGGGGAGUGGGUCCAGCUACAUCCACAUUGAUUUUGUCAUUAGCGGGUCCAGCUUUGAGGAAUUCUCCCGAUGCCAGCUUACGGGACACUCCUUUUUUUUCAGAUGAGGUGUUUGACAUUCUCAAUCCCGAAUAUGGCAAGAUCAAGUACUCCACAAAAGAGUACUUUGAGCUUGUCCUGCCCAAGCUACUACUGUUCAAUACGCGCGAGCUUCAAAAAAUUGAGGAAGCUCUAUGGUGUCUCCACAGAGCAAACAAGAUAAGCGGAAAACUAGAUGGCAUAUCGGCUAAACUAUUGACCUCUGUCCAUGAAACAGUAGUCGAUCAAUUGGUAACCGCACCUCCAUCAAAACGUGUCAAGAAAUAG